UUCUCUCUUUUCUCUCUAUUCUCUUCUGUCCUUUCUUCUUCUUCCUAUUCAAGCAUCUUGCCUCCUCCAUCUCUUGUAAUUAUGUUACUUAAUUUGGAAUAUAUAUAACAUAACCUUAUACUAACUCAUCACAUCAUCAUUUUACAAGUAGAGAAAACCCCCCACCUAAUACAAAUCUUAAAUCUCACACUUUCACUCAAAAGAAUCAAUUAAGAGCCACAUGGAAGACUCUUCUUCCUCUGCUGCUUAUAUCCGCCUGGUGCACCGUCUGAUAGAGGAGUGUAUCCUAUUCAACAUGAGCAAAGAAGAGUGCAUGGAAGCUCUUUCCAAACAUGCAAAUAUCAAGCCGGUUAUUACCUCCACCGUUUGGAAGGAGUUAGAGAAGGAGAACAAGGAGUUCUUCGAGGCAUACACGAGGAGCAGAGUAGAGAAAGCUUCGGAGAGAGAGACAAGGCAAAGGAUCCAGAACGUGGUUUCAGAUUCUUCCGAAGAACGAGUUUAGAUUUCAGACGCAACAAAAUUAAUCAAGGUUAAUCGUCAAAUUAUAAAUUACUAACGAAGAAGAGGACGAACGUAUAUGGUUGCUUAUGUAAUAAUAUCCCAUUCCAAGGGUAAUAGUGACAUAACCACAUUAAAACCAUAUUGGACCAAGGGACAACAUCGUCGUAUCAUCAUGCAUAUGGGCGGCAUAAAUGGCUUUAUUUGAUUUGUCCCAAGAUGUAGAAGUUGAAGUCAGCACUCUACAGUGACUAGAAGAGUGUGACAUGGCAUACAAGUGUCGUGCUAAAUAAUUUUUUAAGAAAAAAAAUGUGCGUUAAUUUAUUAUUAAUUAAAUAUUCCAUCGUUUGGAUUCUUCAUUUAAAUUUA